GUGGGCGGUCCCCGACGCCGCGGCCCCAGGCAUAUACCCCUCACCGCCCGGGCGUCCCGUCCUCCCCUCUGGCCUCGCGGGAUUGGCGGGGCGGGUCCGCGGCCGGGCCCGGGAGGGGCGGAGCCCGCGGGAGUGCGGGGAGGAAGGCCGCGCAGGGGUAGGUGGUGCCCGAACCAGGUCCCAGGAGGAGGUGGAGUGUCCGUGUUGGAAGGUGCGGGGACACUGGGCUUAGCGCUUUAUCCGGCGUUACCGCCGAGUCUUCAUCCGGAAACUGGCACCUCCGCUGUGACGGUGGAGGACACCGAAACCUCAGUAACUGCCGGAGGCAGACACACAGCGAGUGGUAGAGUCCUAAAUUGAAUUCCCACGCCGCCCUCUGCACGGCCUCGCCGCUGCACCCGGACGGGAAGUGUUUGCAAACGUCCUUUGAGUAUCUUUUGUCUCGGCUUUGUAUUCCUUGGCCCUCCGAGCGAAAAUACCUAGGUGGAUGGCCCAGCUCCUACCUGCUAGGUUGCGUAUACCUGAACCAGUCGCUACAAAUACAAAGCGAAGGGCUCCGCUGAGUGCCCCGCCCCCAGGGAGGGGGGCGUGGCCAUUAGCUGGAGUUGCCGAAUGCUUCGGGAAGCAGGCCGAUUUGAGCUGGGGGUGACCCGGAAGAUCAGUGAAAGGACGUUCCAGAUCUGGGGCGCCAAAGCAAAGACUCACAGGUGGGUGAGGAAGGGAGGUGUUUCCAGUUUUCUCUAACCAAAGGUCAUUUAUCUGUUUCCCCCCAACAGGCACAGAUCGCACCGGGAAGCUGAACACAGUCCUUUCAUGCUGCCGUGGAACGGGUGUUGAAAACCCAGAUAGCCGCAGGGAUGGGCAGGAUUCUGCCCUAUCCCUCAGCUCUACAUUUGAUGGCUGGGAUCCUGGGGAUCUUGUUUUCCUCUGACUGUUGGGAUUCCUGUUACCAUCAUAUGAAUUCUUCCCCCGGCCACAUCACCAUCCCACCAUCUGGAGUUGUGCUAAGGAAUCUGGGUUUAGACACCUGAGUAUCAAGUUCUGUCCCUGAGGAAUUCUCCGACCUUGGUGGACUGUGGACUCUGUUUGGGGUAUCUCUUUUUGGCAUGAUACUCUCCUGACAAAUCUGUACAUAACGUAUAGUAUUUCCAUUUCUGGAAACACCCUGCUGCCUCAAUUCAGAGCCAUCAAGCCUGUACCCGAAAGUGUCUCCCAGCCUUGGGAGCACCCAGGUUCAUUUGGACUCACUGUUUUUGUUUUUGUUUUUGUUUUUUUUUCCGGAAAUAUGUGGCUCUCAGCUCAGGCAAUGUCAAAACAGCCCAGGCCUACAGACCUCCCAGGAGGGCAGAACUUUUUUUUCUUACCCACGAAGCAGGACUCACGUGGUUGGAUAGGAGACCUUGUCUUUAUUUCUGGGAUCUUCCAUAUAAUAUUCACAUGACUCACGUGCCAAGUCAUUUAUGCUGGCGUGGCUUCAUUCCAGGUACCCUCCGCUCUCCCUUCCCCAGUCCCGAUGUGGCUGCCAGGAAUGGUCCCUGUGUCUGCAGCUGGCGUUGUCUCAAGAGGUAGCGACCUUUGGCGGGCAUGACCGAGGACUAAAGGUGUUUGGAAGCCUCUGGAAGGACUGCUGAAGGGUGCAGGGACACAAUGCUGGACAAUUAUGAGAAUGUGGUCACUCGGGGAUCCUUCUUACAGCUCUCCAUGAUGCCCCAGAAAGCUGGAAAUGACUCCCCUGGUGUUUCCAGCACAAGUGAAACGAAAAUGGAGAUAAGUGACAUGAGAGAAAAGUUUCUUACAAGUGUGACAAAGUUAGUAGAAAGCAAAAGUUACAACAGCAAGGUGUUUUCCAAAGAAAAGUACUUUCAAACAAUAAAGGAAGUCAAAGAAGCCAAGGAAAAGGGGAAGAAGUCAUCACGCGACUACCGCCGCGCAGCAAAAUAUGACGUGAUCUCUGUGCAAGGCACGGAGAAGCUAAUAGAGGCCGCUCACAGGGAACGUGAUCGAAUACGGUAUUACGUACAUAAGGAAGAGUUGUUUGACAUUCUUCACGACACACAUCUCAAUAUUGGACACGGUGGGCGGACACGGAUGCUCAAGGAGCUCCAAGGAAAAUACGGGAAUGUCACCAAAGAAGUCAUUGUCCUGUAUCUGACACUCUGUAAACAGUGCCACCAGAAGAACCCAGUGCCCAAGAGAGGUCUUGCGCCCAAGCCCAUGCCUUUUAAGGACAUCGACUCCAGAUGCCAAGUUGAAGUAUUUGACAUGCAGUCAAAUGCCGAUGGUGAGUUCAAGUUUAUUUUGUAUUACCAGGACCACUCGACCAAGUUUAUCAUCUUACGACCGUUAAGAGCUAAACAGGCCCACGAGGUGGUCAGUGUCCUGUUGGAUAUUUUCACAAUUCUCGGUACCCCUGGCGUGUUAGAAUCUGACAGCGGCGUAGAGUUCACAAACCAGGUUGUUGAUGAGCUCAAUGAGGUAUGGCCGGAGCUGAAGAUCGUCUGUGGUCAGCACCGCCCUGGCCAAGGCCAGGGCUCCCUGGAGCGAGCGAGCCGUGACGUCAAGAACAUGAUACGUGCCUGGAUGCGGAGUCACCGCUCACGCCGCUGGGCCGAAGGCCUGCGGUUUGUGCAGCUGGCGAGGAAUCAGGUGUUCGACGUUUCCUUGCAGCAAAGUCCAUACGAAGCGAUGUUUGGCUGUAAGGCCAAACUCGGCCUGUACUCCUCACACUUACCCCGCGAAACCGUGGCCGUCUUACAGACAGAGGAAGAGCUGGAAAUUGCGGAAAAACAGCUAGAAAGCAGCCUUUGGAUCAGGCAGGAAGAAAGGACUGAGAUGGGAGCAGACAGAUCUGACAUGGAUGAGGACAUCGAUCCCACGCCUCCGGAACCUACAGAGCCUGGCACCUCACAGGGGGCCCCAGGCCUCUUCUGCUGGUGAACGGGCGCCUGCUGGGUGCCGUCCAGCCAUCUGAGAACUGGCGCCAGAUUCCCCGGGGAAAGGAACAUGAAGGCUGCGCUCUCCACAGUCGCUCACGUUGUCCACGGCAGUGCUUGCAACGAGGGGAAAAGCGGGCCGGGUCCAUAACAAAUGACCACAAACUUGGCGGCUUAACAGGAACAUACCCUUCGGCAGCUCUGGAGGCCAGAAGUUCAAGAUCAAGGUGUCGGCAGGGCUUGUUGCUUCUGGAAGCUCGGAGAGAAUCCGUCCCGUGCCUUUCUCCUCUCCCUGGUGGCCGCUGGCAGUCUUCUGCGUUCCUUGGCUCCCUCGAGUCUCUGCCUCAUCUUCACGUGGAGCUUCACCUGGCCUUUCCCCCUCUGUCUCUCUGCGAUCUCCUUUUCUGUCUCUUAAAAGGACACCACGGCAUACCAACCCCAUGCCAUUGGAUUUAAGGUCCUCCCCAAUCAGGGAUGAUCUCCUCUCGACAUCCUCACCUUAAUUGUAUCUGCAAAGACCCUUUGUCCAAGUGAGCUCCAAUUCACGGGUGUUGGGGGUUUGGACUUGGACAUACCUUUCUUGGGACACAGUUCUACCAACUACAGCCAGUAGAAGAGUAUUUCUGCCUGCAGAACCUGAACCGAUGGGGUCUUAAGUGUGGUGCCCUGCGUACAUCUAGUACGUAUUCCUUCUGCCAAGCCCUCCUCCUCAGACAACAUCCCGAAAGGUGGGGGCAUCAGAGGAAGAGGUGUAGUGAGAAAAGAGGAGAGCGGCCACCUCGGCAUCUGAGCUCUAUUUCCUGCUUCAAGAACUGUAUGUGCUACCCCUGCUGUCACAAUGGCAUGCGCCAUUAAGAACUUGUGAUGGGGCACCUGGGUGGCUCCAUUGGUUGAGCCUCUGACUUUGGCUCAGGUCGUGAUCUCACGGUUCAACGCGGUUCGUGGGUUCAAGCCAGCGUCGUUUAUUUUUGGCUCUCAAAAAUAAAUGAACAUUGAAAAAAAAUUUAACGUGCAAAAAAAAAAAAAAAAGGAAAAAAAUGAUUUGUGAUAAAAGCGACAUUCCGCAUCUGUGGGGAGGAGUUAUAUUAUUCAGUUAAUGGUGCUGGAUCAGUUAGCUAUCCAUCAGGGAAAUGUGAAGCCUGAUUCUUCAGUGAAACACAAAACUAUAAAAAUAUGGGGGAGGGGAAAACGGAGGGUUUUUGUGAUCUCGGGAUGGAGAAAGCCUUUGCGAGCAACGCAUGAACUUCAAACGCCAUAAAAGAAAGUUAACCUACUUGCCCUAAUGAACAGUUCAAAUGGCUAUGGAAAAUAAUGCCAUUUGAAACAUGAAAAGAUAAAUGAUAUCGGGAGAAAAAAUUUGCAACACUUAAAACACGUAAAGCAUUGAUUUUUAAAAGCGUACUUAGAAAUUAUUAGUGAAAAGAGCAGCCAAUAGAAAGCGAGCAAAGGCUAACCACGGAAGACAAAUCAGCGGGUAGUUCUGCUUAAUGCCGUGCCUGCGUGUGGCUGUGGUGUGAUGGGAGACCCCGUGGCUUGGAAUUAGAUCCGGGCUGUCAGCUUAAUGUUUAUUUUGAGAGAGAAAGUGCCACGGGGGCAGAGAGAAUCUCAGGCAGGAGGAUUCGAUCCGGGGUUCGAUGCCACAACCGUGAGAUCACGACCUGAGCCGAAAUCAAGAGUCAAGACACUCAAUCGACUGAGCCACCCAGGCGCCCCUGGGCUGUCUGUUUAAAUGAAACAGACUCCAGUUAUUUGAAGGUUUUUACUUUUUCCAUUGUGCGCAUGGGAGAAGGGAGAAGUGCCUGGUGCUUCUAUAUUUAACAAACCUGACUGGUAAGGAGAUACAGUAAUUGCUACAUUAUUUUCAAGGCAGCUGUAUUCGUUUCCUGGGGCUGCCCUAACAAACGGGGGCAGGGGGCUGCUUCAACAACAGAAAUGUAUCGUGUCACAGUUCUGGAAGCCAGAAGUCCCAAGAUCGAGGUGCCAGCAGGUUUGGUUCCUUCCCAGGGCCGUGAGGGAGACUUCGCGUCUCUCCUAGCUUCUGGUAGACUCGAGUGUUCCUUGACUUGCAGAUGACAUUCUCUCUGUGCCUUCACAUUUGUGUGUGUCUGUCUCCCUCCGUGUCCAAGAGCCCCCGUCUUACGAGGACCCUGUUGUGUAGGAUGAGGGCCCACCCUAGUGAUGUCCUUUUAACUCCAUCUUCUGCCUCCUUAUUUGGAAUAAGGUCACAUUCAAAAGUACUGGGAGGUAUGACUGCAACCUUUUUGGGAGGGGUGAGGGGGACAGAGUUCAGCCUGUAGCAGCAACCAAUCAGAAGGACUAUCGAUUUCAGAGGUAGUUUUUAGGAGAUGUAGCAACAAUUUCUUAAGUCUCGGAAGGCUUACAAAGUCCCUGUGUUCAAAUAACACUUGCAAGAGCAGAUUAUUUUAGCAGAAAACAGAAAAAAGUUGAUAACCAGUUACCAACGUUCACACAAGUCUUGGUUUUGCACAGGAGAAGCUGAUGGAGAUUCUUAGGGAAGAUACCUUGUCCAACUGGAUUAUUUGGCUCAGUUUUAUGAUGCAACAUGGCACCUACCUCCACACCUAGUGGAGGGAGGGAACGUUGCCGUAUCUUUCGGAAACUCUUCGUUACUUACGAAGACUUGCGUUUUUCAGGUUUGUCUCUAGAAUUCCGUUAAGAGGCCUGUGAAAUUCAGUUUUACUAGAAAAUACAAUGGACAGUGGGCUAAAAAAAAUUCACUUAACAGCCUCUUGAACUCCAAGCUUAACUGUGAAACGGAGCAGGUAAUAAUCCCAACCUCAGGUGCUCACUGCCCCUGGUACUACCAUGGCGAGCCCUGAGUCCCAUACAGAAUUGCUGAAUCAGUAUGUCGUACACCUGAAACGAGUGUCACGUUGUAGGUUGAUGAUGCUUCAAUUAAAAAAGUAUUUGUGGGGGUGCCUGGGUGGCUUAGUCAGUUAGGCGUCCGACUUCAGCUCAGGUCCUGAUCUCACAGUCCGUGAGUUCGAGCCCCACAUCGAGCUCUGUGCUGAGAGCUCAGAGCCCGGACCCUACCGUCUCCCUCUCUCUCUGCCCCUCCCCCGCUCACUUUCUGUGUCUCAAAAAUAAACAUUGGAAAAAAAUUUUUUAAGUAUUUGUUGAACGAUAAUCCGCACCUCACAGAGCUGUGAUGAGGUUUAUAAGAGGGCAUUAUGGGUAUUUGUCGGCACAGGGCUCAGUGCCCAGCCCUUGGCCACUGUCCCUCUGCCUGUUAGCAUGCGUGGCCACAUUUCUCAAGCCACAGUUGGCCCUGGAGCACUGGCUCGGGAUCUCCUUCACCCUUCGAGGUCGAGUGCACCCCUGCAGCUCGCCUACCCUCGAGUUCAGAAGUGCGGUGGCAAAAGCUAUUCUGCUCAAGUACACUUCUGCCUUUUUGUGGGUUUUUAGGGGGGUUUUUUUUGGCAAGCUUUUUUGGUUUGUUUUUGGCAGCAAGAACAUUUAACAUGAGAUCUACCCUCUUGACAAAAUUUGUUAAGUGCGCAAUAUGCUAUUGUUAACUAGAGGCAAGAUAUACAGAUCUCUAGAAUGUAAUCAUCUUGCAUAACUGAAACUUUAUCCCCCCACUGAAUAGCAGCCCCCACUCCCCCUCCCCCCAAUCCCUGGCGACCACCGUUCUGCCCUCUGCUUCUCUGUGUGUGACCAUUUCGGGUACCUCGUAUAAGCAGAAUCAUGCAGUAUUUGCCUUUGUGUGACUGGCGUAUUUAAACUUAAUGCCCUCAAGGUUCAUCCACAUUGUCAACUAUGGCAGGAUGCUUCUUUUUGAGGCAGAAUAAACCACUGCGGGUAUAUAGUACGUUUCUCUUUAUCAUUCAUCCAUCGGUGGACAUUUGAGUUGUCUCCACAUCUUGGCUGUCUUGAAUAAUACUGCAGUGAACUUGGGCGUGCAGAUCUCUUUUUUCCAGAUCGUGAUUUCAACUCUUGGAUAAAUUUGUAGGAGUGGGGGCGCCUGGGUGGGCCAGUCUGUGCUGACAGCUCACAGCCUGGAGCCUGCUUCAGAUCCUGUGUCCUCUCUCUCUGCCCCUCCCCUGCUUCUCUCUCUCUCUCUCUCUCUGAAAAAUAAGCAUUUAAAAGAAAAUCUGUAGAAGUGGGAUUGCUGGGCAUAUGCUAUAUCUGUAUUUAAUUUUUUUAGGAACCUGCGUGCUGUCUUCCACGGUGGCUACACACAUCCAGUUUCUCUGCAUGGUCACCAACACUUGUUACCUUUUGGGCUUUAUCGAUAAUAACAUUCCUAACAGGGUGGGGUGAUACCUGCUUGUGGCCUUCACUUGCGUUUCCCUGGUGACCAGUGAUGUUGGGCAUCGUCUCAUAUACCUGUUGACCAUUUGAAUGCCUUUCUGGAGAAAUGCCUAUUCGAGUCCUUGGCCUGUCUUUUUAAUUGGGCUAUUAGGGAGGUUUUUUUGCUUCGAGUUGAAGGCGCUGCUUACAUCGUUUGGAUAUUAACCCUUUAUCAGAUAUUUUCUUCCAUUCCGUAGUUUGCCUUUUUUCUCAGGCCUCCGCUCUGCAGACACUUACGAGUUUGAUGUAGUCUCCCUUGUCUAUUUUUUGCUUUCAUUAUCUGUGCUUUUGGUGUCCUACCCAAGAAAUCACUGCCAAGUCCAAUGUCAUGAAGCGCUCCUUCUGUGUGUUCUUCUACGAGCUUUCUAGUCCCGGGUCCGAACAUUUACGUAUUUAAUCCAUUCGUUUCUGCUAUAUAUGGAUUUUUUUGAGAGAGAGAGUAAGCAGGAGAGAGGGGCAGAGGGAGAGAAAGAAUUAUUAAGCAGGCUCCACACUCAGCACAGAGCCCAACCCUGGGAUCAUGACUUGGACCCAAAUCAAGAGUCAGACACUCAAAUGACUGAGCCACCGAGGGGCCCUGCUCACUUCUGCUCUUAACAGAGAAAAAAAAACACAAAAGCUUAUUUUCCAGCAAGGCAUUCCUCCCAUGUGUGGAAAUGCUUUAAACAUUAGAAAGGGUUUCUAGAAAGCAUCACAGCUGCUAAAUGGUACGUGCUAUAUUUUACCCUCCCAAAGGUCACCAGGGUACCCCCAUUUCCUAGCCCGUGUCUCCUUCGCAGUCCAACCCAUCUUGACUUCUUUGGGAUGUUAAAUCCACUUCAGCUCUCAUCUCACCUUCUUUUUGGUUUCCAUGAAGUGGAACUCUAGUGGGUUUUGUCCUACUUGGGGUCACUCAUUCAUUCCUCCCUCGCUGCUACGCUCCUAUCCCCACUGAGAUCCUGUGCUCCAAAAUGCUGUAAAAGAUACACUGGGAAGAGCUUGUUGGCACAAACGUGGAUUUCAGUGGAGCAGUGCCAACCCCAAAAUGCUCACCUGACAGGAACAGGGCAAGGUUUUUACAGGGAAGUCACCAAAGCAAAGGGAAACAGUUAUCUCAGUGGUUAGGGCUUAAGCAGUUGCCUUAUCUGGGCUCCGUGGGAUGGGUUGCUCUUAAGUUUCACUUUCCUGGAUUUGAGCGCUUUGGCUCUGGCUUAAGUUUGGUUUGCUUAUGCGGUCUACCAAGGUGUUAGAGCCAUCCCCAGUCUAAUGGCCUCCUUGUUUGGACACUUUUAGCAAUACCCUCUGCGUUCCUGAAUUCUAUUAAUGGCGCCAUGGGGUCACCUAAGGUAGAAACUUCAGUCUCCCCAGGAACUCAUUCUUCCUCACUGCCCAUCGUCAAUCAUUGGCAGGUCAUGUUUUCCAGACAUGGAUGCAACCUAUGUCUAUAAUGCUUGCCCUUCUAGACCCCCGUCAAGAGAUAGAUUUUGUCGGGGCGCCUGGGUGGCCCAGUUGGUUGAGUCUUCGGCUCAGGUCAUGAUCUCAUGGUUCGUGAACUCAAGCCCCACGUCGGGUCCUGUGCUGACAGCUUGGAGCCCGGAGCCUGGUUGGGAUUCUGUGUCUCCCUCUCCCUCUGCCGCUCCCCUGCUUGCUCUCUCUCUCUCUCUCUCUCUCUCAAAACCGUAUAAACAUUUAAAAGAGAGAGCCUAGAUAGACCUGCCUUCCUGCCUUGACCGAGAAAAUAGAGAAGGAGUAGUGAUAUUUGUCUUCUGAGAUGAGGUCACAAAAAUACCACCUCCUUGUUUUGGAAUGCUCAUUCUUGGAACCCAAUCGCUAUGCCGUAAGGAAGCCCAAGCUCUUCCUGUGGAAAGCCUCACUUGGAAAGGAACCAACGUCCCCAGCCUCCAGCCCCGGCUAAGCUUAGUCAAUAGCCAGAACGAACUCUCCAACCGUGUGAGUAAGCCAUCUUGGGAAGAGGACCCUCCAGCCCCUCACUGAUCUCCCUCCAGAUGACGCCGUACGGAACAGAGACAAGCCCUGGCCAAAUUGCGGAUUCAUACGAAAAAUACGCGAUUGUGGUUUUAAGCUACUAAAUUUGCAGGUGGCUUUGUUACGUAGAAGUGGAUGGCUGAUGUACUAACCCUGAAGUGUCUCUUCAUUCCGUUACCGCCUCUCCAUUCCCACAGGUCAGGCCCCCAUCACCUCCUUCAUUAAGAGACAGUCUGCCUAACGAAUCUGUGGAAGUAAAGGCCUGCUCACAAUAAUAGUAAGCACGACUGAAUGCCAAUUUAGCUACAACGCUAAGCGCUUUGAAUAUAUGAUGUUAUUUAAUCCUUACAAUUCUACCAAGUGCUUUGAAGCUGAAGGAAUAAGUUUAAGCAGCAAAGUAACUUAAGGACCUAAUUCCUUUCUUUUACAGAGGAGGAAGUGAUGCUCAGAAAGGUUAAGAACUAGCCCCAAAUUCAAACCCAAGUCUUUCCAAGUCCAAGGUCAGGUCUUAAAUCCACCUUCCUUGCUCACAACUGGCUAGCGGCACCCGUUGCUUCUGGGAAAAUGACUUAAACCUAACUCUAAACUUGGUGUGCAAGGUGGGAAAGGGUGUGGUCCUAACUCGUACACAAUGUGUAGCUUUGGUGCUGUGGCAUGUGAAUUUUCCCGUUGCACUUGUCUUAUGCGGGGUGGUGGGAAGAAAGGCUGGCAGCCAGUCUAGGCACUGGCCCUAGUCACUUACACUUGCCAGGACUUGGCUUCCUCAACCAGAGAGAGACCAGGGGCACCUGGGUGGCUCAGUUGGUUAAGUGUCCGACUCUUGAUUUCACCUCGGGUUACGAUCUGACGGUUCGUGAGUUCGAGCCGUGUGUCUGUCUCUGUACUGACAGCGUGGAGCCUACUUGGGAUUCUCUCUCUCUUCCCCUCCCCUGCACACACACACACACACACACACACACACACACUCGCGCUCGCUCUCUCAAAUAAAUAAACAUUAAAAAAACAUAAAACAGACAAUUGAACCAGCUCAUAUUAGAGUUCUCUUCCAGCUCUGACUCUGUGUAACGUGGAAACUGGCCUCUUGUACGUUCGUGCUUCCUGCCUCUCCGAGAACCCCAACCCCUGAGCUCCCCGUCGGGGCUCAUGUCCCCACUUCUGGGAAAUGGCAGACUCAGAUGCUUUAGCAAAUGUUCUCCAUGUACCACUUUACCGGAACUAGCUUUAGGUCGGGGAAUAAAGUAUUUUCUGCAGCUCUCAGAGAAGACACUGUUCCCAGUGGUUUUGUGAAGCUAAGCUUUGGAGGAGGAAGGGAAGGAGCCCGAGAACCUGACUCACACACUUGCUUCCCAGCUCUUCUGCAUGGUUUUUGGACAUUAGUGCAACAGACCCUGAAAGCAGGGUUUGCCAAAGCCAAGUUCGGUCACUGUGUAGGCUAUUACCUCUGCACAGUUACCUUAACCUUUUCCUGUUCCGUGGCUUCGGGUUGUAGAAUUUUAAGGGGGAGGUUUCGAAGGGUUUGUUUUUAAAUGUUAUUUACACACCUUUCCGCUCGAUUUGUGAACAUUUUACAGAAGUCCGUUUAAAACCUGAGAUGCUUUUACAUAUGAAGGAGCAAGAAUCCUGGGAAGAGUCUUGUUCAGAACGUUAACCGAUGGCAGAAUCCCGGGAAUCGUCUUCUGAAUUUCGUCCAGAAUUCUACCCCUUUGAAUUUAUUGAAAUGUGGUUUCUCUUUUAGUUCCUGGUUCCUUUUAUUGUUUUGAUCUUGGCGCUAAUCUUUGUUUACCCAGGUUCUGACAUUUUUACUCCAGAAUUAAUUACCCCAGAUGGUCUACUCUCCUGUGUUUUCCAAGCAAACAAAGUGGGCAGGAAGUAGGAGUUUCCUGAGCAAACUGGCUUUCUGUUUUAGUCGGAGGCUUGGUCUUUUAGAAACUUGUUUAUUUUGUGUCUACUUUUGUUAUUUCUAAUUGAUAAAAAAAAUUUUUUUUUUAAUAUGGAUCUAGUUAGAUUUUACCUUUUUCCAUUUAAAAUUUAGUCUUAAUAUUUUGCCCUUUGCUUCCCUGAGUCUCCUUCGUAGUAUCCACCGUUGUGUUGAAUUUGAACCGCGACACCGGCUCUGUUGACGAGCUCCUCGCUCAAAAUAGCUUCUCCACACCUAGAACUUUGGCCUCAGAUUUCUGGUCACUUUGAGCCACUUCCCUUGACGUGACAACAUAAGCGAUCAGCAGGUGAGCUCUUGUGAGCCUUGCCUCUUGGGGUUUCGCACAGAUGGGUCACCCCUAGCUUUGGUGAGUCAUUCAGUGGCCCCCUCUCCCCUCCCCUCCCCUCCCCUCCCUUCCACCUCAGCACUGAGUACAGCAGUACACCGUUCUCUGAAGGACAUCACCUCUCUUUCCGCCUUCCUCCUGAUGCGAUGGCAGGAACCCCGGAAAUGGCUGCCUUAAAUGUAGGGACCCUAGGAUCUGGCCUCCACGCACAACCCAGAUCACCAGGAAUAACCCAGUCCUGAAACACUGCCCCUCUGCCCGAACCGGGAUUGGGCCGGGCCGGGCGCCGGGAAGCUUCUCCAGAUGCAGCCACUUUCUGUGGCAGGAAGAGGGCCUCCCCGAGAUCUGUCGUCAGGCUCGGCUUGUCCUCUUCCAUCCCUCCUCACACCCUCUACUCCCCUGGCCUGUCGCUUUCAUCCAGCCCUCCAGUGUCUAGAGACACAACUGUGUGCCAGGCUCACGCUCGUCUUCGGAGGCACCGUCCCGUAAGCGGUCAUGGUAAUGCGCCCGGUGCCGAAAUGGAGACCCGGCAAAGACGUCUGGGUCUGUGAAGGGCUGCUCAGUGCACGCCCCGCACAGAGGCCAUGUAAGCGGAGUGUGGAAAAGAUGGUUUGCAGCUCGCUCACCAAUGUUCUCCGUUCCGCCCACUUUGGAUCAGAGGACUUCUUACAGGAGAAAUACGAUUGGCCGGAGGCCACCUUCACCCAGUGAUCAAGUUAACACCCCCGCCCCCGCCCCCGUAUUCGUACAGCACCACAACAUUUCCAUGCUGUUUCUACCCAAAA